GCGACUCCUCCCACAGUCCCACUUCCACUCCCACCCACCCACACGCACGGCCGCAGGCAGCAGCACCAUGUGGUCGGCAGCAACGGCGGCGGCGGCGCGCGCGGUGUCCGUGUCCCCAGUCCCGGCGCCUUCGCUCCUCAGCGGCCGGCGCGGCGGGUCGCGGGGCGGCCGGGGGUCGGUGUCGGUGCGCAGCACGGUGUGGGACUUCGUGGGCGGCGACCUGGUGCGGCCGGACCUGGGCAAGUGGCUGGACGACGUGGAGAAGCACAAGGCGCUGGCCAUCUACCCGCCGCACGAGGGCGGCUACGAGGGCCGCUACCUGAACCGCCUCCGUUACCAGGGCUACUACUUCCUCGACCUCUCCGCGCGGGGGCUCGGCGACCCGGAGACCACGCUCACCAAGGUCCACCCCGUCUGCCCGCCUAGCCUCGGCAGGCAGCCGGUGGCGCGGUGGUACUUCCCGCCGGAGGUGGACUACAGGCUCAGCCUGCUGCACCCGGACGCCAAAGGCCUCGUCGUCUGGAUCAUCGAAGCCAAGGUUCUGUCCAAGGCUGAGCUGCAGUUCCUGGCCAUGCUCCCGGACAUCCGCCCCAAAGUCAGGGUGAUCGCAGAAUGCGGCAACUGGAGAAGCUUUGUUUGGAAGCCACUGAAGCAGAUCGCAGGCCUCGAGCCGGACCCGGACGCGGAGGAAUGAUCAAGCAAGCAGGUCUAGCUAGUUGUCUACCAGACUGGCUACUGCUACUGCUACACUCUCCAAUUGCUUCUGGGACAUCUCUCCCUGCCAUUCCUGCAGCUUUGCACUGAAUGAGAGAGGCAAUUAAUAAAGAUAUACAUACAUUUUUUU